GUCCUGCCCACUCUCCUUGGUAAAUGACUGUUGGCCCACGGACCCCUGGAUAUGCCAGGCCUGGUAUGCGAAGCUGCCCAGCUCAAGGAGUUAGUAAACGUUGGAGUGCAUUGGAGUCAAUGACCUGCCUCUGCAUUUUUAAUAGCAUCCAGGAAGAAACAUGAGGUUCUCCUGGAAAUUACUCAAGAGGAAGAUGGAAGGGGCUGUUUAAAAUAAAUUAAAAGCUGCAGGCCGCAAGACUGGGGCCAGAGGGCUGGCAGUGGAAAACCCUGUUGGGUUGUGAACCCUCACUGAAAAGUACCAGGUGCCUUUUUGCUUCCUGCAAGAGAAAGGAAGAGAAGGAGAAGACCAUGUCCAUGGCUUUGAAGCAGGUGUUCAACAAGGACAAGACCUUCCGGCCUAAGAGGAAAUUUGAACCUGGCACACAGAGGUUUGAGCUCCACAAACGGGCUCAGGCGUCCCUCAACUCAGGCGUGGACCUGAAGGCGGCUGUGCAGCUGCCAUGUGGGGAGGACCAAAACGACUGGGUGGCGGUGCAUGUGGUGGACUUCUUCAAUCGGAUCAACCUCAUCUAUGGCACCAUCUGUGAAUUCUGCACCGAGCGGACCUGCCCUGUGAUGUCAGGGGGCCCCAAAUAUGAGUAUCGGUGGCAGGAUGACCUCAAGUACAAGAAGCCAACUGCACUGCCAGCUCCCCAGUACAUGAACCUUCUUAUGGAUUGGAUCGAGGUCCAGAUCAACAACGAGGACAUAUUUCCAACGUGCGUGGGUGUUCCCUUCCCAAAGAACUUCCUUCAGAUCUGCAAGAAGAUCCUCUGCCGUCUCUUCCGGGUCUUUGUGCACGUGUACAUCCACCACUUCGACCGGGUCAUCGUGAUGGGAGCAGAGGCUCAUGUUAACACGUGCUACAAACACUUCUAUUACUUCGUCACAGAGAUGAACCUCAUAGACCGCAAGGAGCUGGAGCCCCUGAAAGAGAUGACGAGCAGGAUGUGUCACUAACGCCCCAUCUUACCCUUCGGAAGAAAGAGAAAAGCUGUUUCCUGCUGGAGCCCUGAGCGGGGAGGAGGGAGAGCUCCCUGGCUGAAAUGGUGCACCUCCUUCCAGAAGCGGGCGAGGUGGAGACAAGCGGUGGCUACGGUGGCGGUGGCUCCGAGAGACGUUCUCCCCUCCCUCCGGACGCUUUUGGCGGUCUGAGUGCUGCGAGCCCCAGGUGUGGACCUGGCCGACCUCGGCUGGGAGAAGGACCGCCCCUCCACCUUCCUGGCUCCGAAUCUUCCAGAAGACGGCGCUGCCCUCCGUGCGUGUCACAGUCCUGUCUGUGACCUGCCGCCUAAGCUUCACUGGAAUUCAGGUUUAGAGACUGAGAUACCUAUUUGUAGUUUUCCACUUAUCUGCCUUGUCUGCUGGCCGACUUUUCUGUAACGUGUUUUCUAAGUACCCAGUGAAUUUUGGAACUCCGGAUGCGCAGCAAGUUCUUCUAUAACAAGCCUUCGUGUUCAGGUCUCGGAAAGCUCCUGCCUUGAUCCUGUGGUCCAACUUGUAAGUCAGAGACCUGAGAUCCAGCCCGCAGCAUCAACACAGUUUCCCUAAUUGGGAGUUUUAUCAGGGACCACUCCAUGGGGGGCAUGUCUCUGCCCCACACAGGGUCUGCACGCUUUACCUACAGGGAAGAGAGUGGUUGCUGGUAUAAGGCUGAUGAUUUACCAGUUCACCUUGAACAGAAUGUGUUUCUUGUAACCACACCAUUCCUUGCCUCUUCCAUUCAAGAUCUUUUUUACUGUUUCCCAGGAGAGAGAAAUAAAAGGAAGUUAUAAAUGACCAAGAAGGAUCAGCAGAAGCCCUGAGCCACAUCAGUGCAGCAUUUGUCCUUUAUGAAAUGGGAGGGAGUCGUGGCUGACUCUGCCUAACACUAAAAUUUCAGUGAAAAAGACAAAAGUACAAUUGGUUAUUCAGUGCGUGUAGCUGAAAUGCCCAGCUCAUUGAUUUACAGCCUUCCUAACGGUCCCUCUGCGUUUCUAAAUCCAGCCGAUGUUUUCUUCCUCUUCCUCCACGCUCCCCCCUCCGCUGCUCUGUUAUCUUAUGGCACAAAAUUAAUUUCUGCGCCUCUCAUUGUGCCACAGUUGCCCAGGUAACAGUGGAGCUGGAGCUGACGUCCUUCUUCCAUCCGUCCCAAUUUUUCUAUUCCAGUAGACAGAAUAAUGCAGUCUGUGCUACAUCCUGCCUUUUGAAACCUAAGUGAGUUUUAGUUGAAUGUUGCCUUCUCUGAUUCAUGCGCGAAACUGUGGUGGCCGUGACAGCCUGUGACUAGGGGUAAUAGUACUUCCAUUGGAAUUUGACAAAAUCGCAGUUGGUGGAGGGAAGUAGAUAAGAAUGUAUUAGUGUGUUUUAAUGUAAUACUGAUUAAAGAAUAACUAAAUAGUUCUGAUUUUGUUUCCUAAUACGUAAUGUGUGUUAAAGCCAUUUAUGGCUGCCAUGACAGCCUAGAAAGCAUGAAACCUUUCUUUGUCCAAACUAAGAAAGGGCUGACUGUCUGGGCACGGGGCAUUCUACAUUGACCUAACCCAGCAAAUCGACCCUUGCUUCAUAUCAUCAAAGUCGUCUCAUGGAAUCCAAAUGUUGCUACCUCUCUCCGUAUUGUUGUGCUCCAGCCCACAACAAAUAUACCCUUAUUUUUUGGCUUCCUAAGUAACUUUGAGAAGACAGGAUGGGCAAAGAUUUUUCCCAGUAUCACUUUUGGCUGAAAGAAUAUCUGAUUGUCUUAAGGAUCCAGAGAACAGAGAAAUACGAGCCCCUAUUCCCGACCUAUGCAAUAUGCAGUAAGUACCACGUGGGAAUGUCCAGCAGUGGGACCAAGAAAGGACAGCAUGGAGCCCCUGCCCUGGGAGGAACUCAGAAGCGCCUCACCAUGGAAAACCACAGGAGUUUUGCAUUAAACAGUGGACUGUGUUCCUGCAUUUCAGUAAUGCCUAAUCAAGUAGGAUGGUAGACUCCUAAGACAUUUGUUAUUAAUUCUUUUUAAGGUUGUUUUCUAUUAACUAUUUGUGCAUAUGAAAUUUCCACUCAAUUUAAAAAUCCAAAUAUUUUUUAAACUUCUUGGAACAAUUUCCUCCUGGUUAUAUUGCUAAUUGCACUAAUCAACUCUUCUAGGCUAAGUUCUGGCAAACCGCUCUUAUUUUUUAAUUACAGAGUGUUUCUAUUCCCGCAGAACUUUGUUUGGCAAAUUCUAAAGAAAAUCAUUACAAGUGAUUUUUGUCUCUUUGGCCUGACUACAUCUUACUUAGGUCUCAUUAUAAAUGGAGGACGGGAGCUUCCGGUGUCUGCCUCGGGCAUCUCCAGCUCUCUGGCUCUGAGACUGACACCCUGCUUCUUCCUCCUAACCUGGCUGGCUCUCUUUCAUUUUCCACUAUGUUUUUUAGUUGAGUAAUACAUGUAUCCACUACUUUUUUUACUGUGAGAAAUCUCGAAGUGGAAAUUUCAAAAAGGAAAGAUUACAAUGAACAUCCAUAUACCCUUCACUUGUGUGCAUCAAUUGUUAACAUUUUUUAAUUGUUAGCAUUUUCCGUAUUUUUUCUUUCUCUGAAAAUAUACAUUCUUAUUGCUGAACCAUUUCAAAAUAUGUUGCAGACAUCGUAAAACUUUAGAAUACUUUAUCAACUGUCCCAAAAAUAUUUAUAGCUCUUUUUUUUUGAGGAAGAUUAGCCCUGAGCCAACAUCUGCUGCCAAUCCUCUUCUUUUUUGCUGAGGAAGCUUGUCCCUGAGCUAACAUCCGUGCCCAUCUU